AUGAUUAGUCGAUUUUAAAAAUGGCGUUGGUUUGUAAGAAAUGUGAGUCCUUUGUUUUGAAAUGGCUGGUCCUGUCCUGACUCAACAACAGCCAUGGAGGAAGAAGGGGAAGAGUUCGUUUUCACUCCACCUCCAGAGGCCCCAGUUUUCGAACCAACUGAAGAGGAAUUCCAGGACCCUUUGGCGUAUAUUGCAAAGAUAAGGCCUUACGCGGAGAGAACUGGCAUCUGCAAAGUCCGGCCUCCCCCGGAAUGGCAGCCUCCGUUUUCAGUAGAUGUGGAAACUUUUAGAUUUACGCCGAGGGUUCAGCGUCUCAAUGAACUUGAGGCGAGAACAAGGGUGAAACUAAACUUUUUGGAUAGCCUCGCGAAAUUCUGGGAACUUCAGGGCACAACUUUUAAGAUACCAACGGUUGAAAGGAAAAGUUUGGAUCUCUUUCGUCUUCAUAAGACUGUAAGUGAAGAGGGAGGAUUUGAAUAUGUUACAAGGAAGAAAAAGUGGUCUGUUGUGGCAAGAAAGAUGGGUUAUCUCCUUGGAAAGUCAGCUCCAUCUCUACUGAGGAUGAAUUAUGAAAAGUACCUUUACCCAUAUGAUAUUUUUCAAGCAGGAGCAUUCACUGGGGAUCCUCAGCCAGGGAGUGCUGAUGCCAAGAAAGAUGAGAAAGACAAAGAAUUUGCUCCAAAUGGUGGUGUUGUUAAUACUAACUACCAAAUGUCCCGGAGAUCAAAGAAAGUUGUAAAAGCUGAAGAGCUUGAUUCAGUAGACUUUGAAAACAACCCUGAGCUAAAGAAACUGCAGUUUCUUGCUCCAGGGCCCAAAAUGGCUGGUGUAACAAAGGGAACCUUGUUACCAAAACAAGAAGUGAAUAUAAAAGAAGGACUUUUAGACAGCCCAGUGAUGAUUGAGAUCACAAGCAGUAGGGAAGAGAAGGAGAGAGAGAAAGAGAAAACAGAACCAUCUCCUCGUAAAACAAAGAUGAAUGGUGAUUCUACACCAUCCCCUGGUAAACAAAGAGUGGCAAGACAGAAACAAAGUGUUAAAGUUAAACUGGAAAAUUUAAUGCAGAAGGAACCAGAGUUGACAAGGAGAAGACCUGUAAGACAAGCCAGCAGGAAAAACAUUUAUUCAAAUUCUCAGCUUCUUUUGCCUGAUGAGUACCUUUGUCAAGUAUGCAGUCGAGGUGAUUCUGAAGAAAGCAUGUUGCUCUGUGAUGGCUGUGAUGACAGCUACCACACAUAUUGUCUUAUCCCGCCCUUGACAUCUGUUCCACGGGGAGACUGGAGAUGCCCCAGAUGUGUGGCAGAGGAGUGCAAGAAGCCACAGGAGGCCUUUGGCUUUGAGCAAGCUAAAAGAGAGUACACAUUGCAAUCAUUUGGAGAAAUGGCAGAUAAUUUCAAGAAAGAGUACUUUAAACUCCCACCCGAGCAAGUACCUACUGAAGUGGUAGAGAAAGAGUUCUGGAGGCUAGUAUCGACAAUGGAUGAAGAUGUGACAGUUGAAUAUGGGGCUGAUCUGCAUACAGCAACGCAUGGCAGUGGAUUCCCAACCAAAUUUAAUGCUGUCACCAAUGAAGAGGAAUUUUAUGCCAAAUCUGGUUGGAACCUCAAUAACCUUGCAAAUCUGGAAAGAUCAGUGUUGUCCCACAUCAGUGCUGAUAUAUCAGGAAUGAAGGUUCCUUGGAUAUAUGUUGGCAUGUGUUUCAGCAGUUUCUGUUGGCACAAUGAAGAUCACUGGAGUUAUUCAAUCAACUACAUGCACUGGGGUGAGCCCAAAACAUGGUAUGGUGUACCAGGUGAUAAUGCUGAAGAUUUUGAACGCUCUAUGAAGGAAGCAGCUCCUGAGCUCUUUGAAGCUCAACCUGACCUUCUUCACCAACUCGUUACCAUUAUUAAUCCCAAUGCACUUACUGCGAAGGGUGUACCUGUGGUGAGAACUAAUCAAUAUGCAGGGGAGUUUGUAAUCACAUUCCCCAGAGCGUACCAUGCUGGAUUCAACAAUGGCCUGAAUUUAGCUGAAGCUGUCAAUUUUGCCACAGCAGAUUGGCUCCCGAUUGGACGCAAGUGUAUUCAACACUAUCGUGAGAUGAGCAGAAACCCAGUAUUUUCUCAUGAGGAGUUAGUUUGUAAGAUGGCUGCUGAUCCUGAUGGUUUAGAUUUGGACUUAGCCAAGGCAGUCUAUGAUGAGAUGGUGGCUGUUGUGGAGAAGGAAGCAAACAGGCGGCAUAGGCUGGCUAAAAUGGGCAUCUCGGAGUUUGAGCGAGGUGAAGCAUUUGAGUUGUUGCCAGACGAUGAACGACAAUGUGGUGUGUGCAAAACAACCUGUUUCCUGUCUGCAGUGCAGUGCCAUUGUAGUCUGGGGAAACUCGUCUGUCUUGACUGUAUCACAGACAUCUGCCCCUGUGAACCUUCCGACAAGAGCUUAAGAUAUCGAUACACUCUGCAAGAAUUGCCAUCAAUGCUUCUGCGUCUAAAGAAGAGAGCUGAUUCCUUUGAUAACUGGGCAACUGAAGUAAAGAGGUCUCUAGAUCCAUCAGAUCCUAAAGUUGAUGUAUCAGAACUUAAGGAACUGGUGAACACUGCGGAACAGAGCCAGUUUCCGGAUUGUGACCUGUUCCAACAGCUGAAGGCUGCUGUCACUGAAGCUGAACGAUGUGCCAGCGUUGCUGUGCAGUUAGUGAGCAGGAAACAUAGGACAAGACCCCACGGUGGCGCAGAUACCGUGGCAGCCACUCGUUUAAGUCUUGAUGAACUUCAAGGCUUCAUGCAGCAACUACAGAACUUACCUUGUGUAGUAAGAGAAGCAGAUCUUGUACAAGAACUUAUGACACAUGUGGAGAGUUUCCAGUGUGAAGCCCAGAAGGUUAUUCAAAGUGGCACAACCGAUGCAACAAGACUUCAACAACUCCUGGACAAUGGAAACACACUAGAUGUUGACUUACCAGAGAUUCCAAAACUCAAACAGGAGUUACGACUUGCCAAGUGGUUGGAACAAGUCAACAUUACCCUAGCGAACACUGAAGAUGUUUCGUUCGAUACACUUCAAGAGCUACUUGAGACUGGAAACACACUUCCGCAAAAAGCUGCUAUUGAGAAAGCCGUUAGCGAGCUUCGUGGUCUGGUCGCUCUUGGUGAACGAUGGGAAGAAAAGGCAAAACUUUGUCUUCAAGCCAGGCCCCGUCACGUGAUGACUACAGUGGAAGCAAUAGUAAAAGAAGCGUCACGUGUUCCGCUGUAUCUUCCAAACGUGAGUGCGCUCAAAGAAGCACUACGUAAAGCACGUGAAUGGUCUGACAAGGUUGAUCAAGUGCAGAAUGAUGACUAUUAUCCUUACCUUGAUGUCCUGGAGGCCCUGGUCAUGAGAGGUAGGCCCAUUCCCGUGCGUCUGGAACAGCUCCCGCAGAUGGAGUCCCAAGUAGCUGCAGCGCGCGCCUGGAGGGACCGUGCUGCAAGGACGUUUCUCAAAAAGAAUUCUUCAGCUACUCUGUUGGAGAUCUUAUCACCCCGGAAAGACGUUGGAUCAUACAAAGCUUGUCUCAAAACUCGUGGUAACAAAAAAAGAGACAAAGCCGAGAAAGACAAAACCGAAAAAGAACGGGAGGUUAUAAUUGAACUGGUGGCAUUGGACGAGUACAUUGGAAGGGAUCCUGCUCUACAGAUCGCUGAGUUCCGAGAGGCGGAAAUAAAAGAGAUGCAAAGCAUGCGGCAAUUACGACAAGUUAACAUGGCAAGACAGAAAGAAGAAGAUAAGAGAAGACAGCUUGGAGAAAGCAUGGACGGACAGUACUGUACAUGCCGGCGGGGACCCGACGGGUUUAUGCUACAGUGUGAGCUCUGUAAGGAGUGGUAUCAUGGCUCUUGUGUUCCCCUUCCGCGUACCCAGGGUGGUAAAUCCAUGGGCAAAGGCUCCGCUGCGCUGGAAGCGGCAAAGGAGCUCAAGUAUCUGUGCCCGCUCUGCUCAAGGUCGAGGCGACCCCGCCUGGAAACGAUCUUGUCGUUGUUAGUAUCGCUACAGAAGCUUCCUGUCCGGCUCCCUGAGGGAGAGGCGCUACAAUUUCUCACUGAAAGAGCAAUGAACUGGCAGGAUCGAGCCAGAAAUUUUCUGACAGACGAAGAUGUUGUGAGUCUACUCGCGUUUCUCAGUAGAACAUCUGCGGCCUGGCCGCAAGGAGUGAGUGCAGAGAACUUGUCUGCGUCGGCUGCGUUACUUCGUCUUGCUCAAGUGGGACCCGAACCGGAAAACGCCGACAAAUCUGCCUCGGGUGAGGUGUCUGUCACGGACGAUGCAAACAACAGUCCGCAGGCCGAAGUUAGGCCGACUUUAUCGGAGGAGAUACGACGGCAAGCCGAAACGAUGAUGAUGGAGGGGGAUCUUUUGGAAGUGUCGCUUGACGAAACGGAACAGCUGUGGAAAAUACUGCUCAGUCAGAAAAGCCAAGAGGAACAAGAAACACAGCUUUUCGAGACAAAAUCCGUCAAAGAGAAAGUCAAACGGAAGCGCAAGAAAAAAGACAAUGAAGAAAAAGAGAAACCAGUGAGACGAGGAUCAAAUGCCAGUUCAACAAACUCUGCCCCUGCCACAGCAGAAACACCAAAGAAACGUCGCCGCAAAGACAAAGAAAAAAUUGUCAAAGUGAAACAAGAAAAGAUGGUUGAUGUCGAAGAAGACGAUGAAGACGAUGACGAUGAUGAUGAGAUAUGCGCAGCCGGGACGUGCACACGACCCCAGGGGGAUCAAGUGGGAUGGGUGCAGUGCGACGUCUGUGAGAAGUGGUAUCAUUUCGCGUGCGUGGAGAUAAGCCCGGAGCGUGCAAAAGCUAUUGAUUCUUACAACUGUCGGAUGUGUGUCGGAGGGGGUGGGGGUUCUUCUACUAAUUCAGCAGUGGGGACCCCACCCGGGGCGUCACCCGAAUCAGAGAAUGUUGACGUGGACGGUACCACGCCGACCUCCCCGACACCUCCGGUCUCAAUAGUAGAUGUUGAAGGCACGGAGACCACGCAACCGCAGGAACAAGAGCCAGCGGAAAGUACUGUCAAUUGCCAGGGCAACAGUGACUCGGUGCGCCCAGUCACGACAAUCGAUUUGUGUUCGGACGACGAAAGUGCGCCCGAAGACAUGCAAACCGAUGACAACGUCGUGGAUAUUGAAACGGGAUCUACGGCUCAGGUUUAAAAUCACAUAUUCAAGAUAGGAAAAAAUCUAAAUUUAACUUGCUCCAGCUAAAGACGGAAUAUUGAUGAGCAUAUUUUUGUCGCAAUUUUUCAGACCAAAUCCAAGGCCCGUGUUACCGGGUAAGGCUGUUUUUAUAAAACUGUUUGCCAUUAUUAUUCGAGAGAAGUUAACCUCUGUCAGCCACGCAGGAUAACUUGUGUAUUUCAAGUGUCGUCGCAAAUCUCAACCAGCGGCGUUAGUUUUUGGCAGAGUUUCAACCGUUUUCCACUUCCGAAAGGUGCCUAAUUUAAUAAUUAAUUAAAACUCGGUCGUUUUCGGAAGAUUCUAUCUAUUUCCGAUUUCCUUCUACCAAUUAGAAAGCUGCUCGACGUAGUUUAAGCGGCCUCGAGUAUAUCGAGAAUUUUGCGUGAAGUAGAGGCAAGUUUGCCAACUGGAUAAGAUUAUAACUGCUGACUGUUCUUAUGAUAUACUGAAUAUCUAAUUACCUUGAUUUACUUACCAAAACAAAGAACAGUUACGACCUUUUUAAAGAAACACAGGGCUAGAGAUAUAAUUUGGGUAGUUAAGACUAAUCAGAACGAAGCAAUACACGAUGAAAAUGGCCUCAUAGAGAGUAACUGAGUGUAGUUUGGUUUCAAGCUGUUGAAAUGAAUUAUCAAAAUGUCGUUUGCGACUUCACCAAGGAACGGUAUUUUUUCACUUAGCAACAGUGCAACUUCGUUCACUCGGAUCUGUUCACAGAUUCUUUUUGGAGCCUGUUGCAUUUCAAGUUGGAGAAUUUGCGCUGAGUUAAAACAGUCAUAUUCUCACUAAAAGUUCGUCAAUCAAUGUAAUUUGUGGUGAGAAAUUGGCACAUUGAUUUGAACAUUAUCUUAAUUGUUGUAAAUGAAAUUUUCCACAGCAAUCUGUUGAUAACAUCAAGUUUCGAAAUCAUUACCUUUGGUUAUUCGGAAAAGGACCAAGACUAUCAUUACUUUGUUGCAAAAUUUAUCAUAACAAAAAAAUUUAGCUUAUUUAUAGCCUUGUAAAUAGCCACAGCAUUGAUGUAAUCGAUUGUAAAUUUUUCUAAACCGUUUCCUCGUAUUCGAUUUAGUUUGGUCUGUUCCCCCCGUGCCAUCAUGUCCACCUCCAAUUCAUCUCGUUUUUCACUGAAUUUUACUGCCCACUGUAGACCUGUUCAACAAAUCGUUUGCUGCGAACAACUUUCAUAAUAUUUAAAGUAUUGUGAAUAAAUUGCGCGAAUUAAAAGAAUAGUUUGAAAACAA